GCAAGCUGCUAUAAGACAGUCAGUGAGCAGAGUGAAUCACUUCAGACAGCAAAGACAGGAGAGAAUCAUCAGCUCUACACUGAGACACCAUGAAGACUCUGAGCUUUACAGCGGGACUGCUGCUGCUGCUGCUGCUCACUGUUUACCACUGCACCACCAUGCCUCAUGGACCAAAUGAAAUGUCACCUGCAUCAUGCUGCUUUAAAUUCUUUCCAAAAAGAAUACCAAAACCACACAUCAUCUCCAUCAUCAAAACUCACAAAAGAUGUUCAGAAAAGGCAUUUGUGGUCGGUACUCCCUAUGGACCAUUAUGUGUGAGGCAGGCUCUGGAUUGGGCUAAGAAAGCUUUUAAUGAACAAUCAUCUGAGAAUCAGUCUUGUUGUCCAGUGGUUUUUGUGCUCUACUGAGUCCAGUCUCAGAACUCACCUGGUCCCUUGCUGCCAUACCCUGCCAGGCCAUUUGCCUGCUUCAAGCCUCCGGUCUCCACUGCUCCUCCCGGGUCAUUCCAUUCCCCUGCUACAGCCACUUACUUUCAUCAUCACCAGUGUUCCUGCCUGUGUCUGCUUUGGGGUCCGACACAAGCUUUAAUCAAAAUGUAACAGAUGGUCUUUAGAGUCACCUGAACUAUAAACAAAUGACAGACAUCAGCUUUCCAGCCCUGUAACAUACUGUGAAUAAAGAUAAGAGACAAUGGAUGA